AUGCCUGUGAUCGUGCUAGAGGCCAAAGACUUCAGCAGUCCCCUUUUCUUGGUGCGGACAUGGGAAAUCUUAUCCGGCUGUACCACCUUCAGCCUUGCGGCCUCGCUUGAGUCAAACAAAAAUGCAUCUAACUUCCAACCCUUCCACACAUUCAGGAUCUUCUGCAUGUUUACCUGGUGCUUCUUCUUUGCCCUUACCCUCCUUAUCCACAUCCUCAGCAUCAUCCAGUUUCACAGCCUUAUCCCGAUAUCCUGGAAGAACCUGACUGUGACAGUGGCAGUGUUGGGCGCACUGAUGUGUCUCAGUGCCUCUGUGGUUUUCCCUUGGAUCAUCAUGGACCAUCAACAGGUAUCGCCGCGCCCUGUGGCGGCUGCUGUGGCCUCCUGUAUCACCUUCCUGGCCUACACCUCUGAGUCCUACGUUCUCGGCACCCAAGCCCUUGAACAAAGAGGCUACAUGGGCAGCAUGCCUGGUCUCCUCAAGAUACUCCAACUCUGGGGAGGCUGUCAGAUGAUACCCCUACUCCUGGAGACGGUCAGUGUGCCACCCAACAAUGUACACAGUUGGCAGCUGGUGGUCUCUGGCGUGUCAUACGGCGCCUGUGUUCUCAUGUCUGUGGUUAUACUUGUGGUAAUAUUAGGAGACUUUGCUGGGCGAUGUUUUCUACCUUUUGACAGAUUUUUGGCUGGGUUCAGUCUGAUGGGGGUGUUGCUCUACAUGGUGGCCACGGUGAUUUGUUUUACCAAGAUACUGCAGCUGAGAGACCAAGACCAUAGCAACCUCAAUAAAAGUGAAGAACUGGUUAUCAUGGAAACAGUGGUUGCCAGUAUUACGAUGUUAGCUUAUUCAGUGGACCUGGCCUUUGCCAUUAAACUGUUGUGUGACAGAAGUCACUUAUGA